AUGGAUCCUAUGAGCCCGAUCCUCCACCCGUCCACUCACGCCCUCCCCACGCCCCCCGACUCUCCCCGCAAGCGGAGAAGAGAGCAGCGCUCAUCCGAUGAAGUCCAGGGGCAACUUAGUAUUGAGGACUACCUCAAUAAUAGUGAUCGGUACAGAACGACCACGAUGCGCCCACCGUGGCCUUAUCCUCUGACGAUAACGCCCGCGGAGCCGUCCACCGUGCGGCAAGUCGAAGCUCUAAAGGCCCCUAUCCUGCAAAUCAUGCAGGACGAUGGAUUUCCCAUCGACCACCACAGCUUUCACUUUCAGGUAGAGAACGUAACCAAGCCUAAUUACCCCCUUGGGAGCCGCGCCACUACAGUUCUCCGUCUGGUCUUCAGCGGCGCUCCGCAUAUACCGGGAGAACUGGGCCCGACCAAGGACGCCAUAUACCAGCUCAUUCGCGGACAUGAAAUUCGAGACGUCGAGGUAGAGAUUGUGUUUCUGGAUAAAUGCUUCCAGCCUUCGCUAUUCGCAAUCCCGAGCAAUCAUCCGGCAGUCGCAAUAUACGAGACCGCAAAGCGCCGUAUCCUCGAGCUGGUCGACCGCCAGGUGCGCAACGAGUGGUGUCUCUUGUCGCUGUUCAGACUCGGUCUUGUAAAGCACAAGAGCACCCCUACAAUUGUGGUAUUCGUGAGCCCCUUCUGUGUCCAAGACUGGUACGAUUUGGCUCUCCAAAUCAAACUCCGACUUCCCCAUAAUGACUCACACGCCAUGGGAAUUGACGUAGAAUUCAUUCCCGGCUAUAUCUUCACGGCCAACCCCGACACGAUCCCGGACGGAGUUUCCCUGGUAGAAUCCAUGGGCACAAGUGGCACCCCUGCUCCUGGCACAUCUAUAACCGUCCUCCCGGAAAGGGGGGGAGGCACGCUUGGCCCAUUCGUGACCCUCCAACACCAGGGCAACACGAUCCGCGGGGCCCUUACCAACUUCCAUGUCGUACGGCCUCCAACCACUGCCGAUAAAGAUAUUAUCGAAGCAGCCGCCCGAUUCGGAAGCUCACCGGGCAACGCCAACCAGACGGCCUUGGACGUUUCGUGGUUCGCCCCACGAGACGUUGAAAAGACGAAAUGGACACUCAAGAGAUACUUGAAGGAUCAGCUAACCGAACUCAAAAAAGAGGAACAGAACAUCGCGACUUGCCAGAUGGCCGGCGCUAGAGUCUCAGACGGGGCCAGGGAGAGACUGGCUGGCCGAACAACGGCGGUAGCAGAGUUGAACCAGCAACUGGCGAUCGUGGAUCGAAUGCCCAUGAAACUGGGAAGAACUCUUGUCUCUUCCGGGCUCACAAUCGCAGAGAAUAAGGUCGCCGACUGGGCUCUCAUCGAGCUCGACCCUGAAGUGUUCGCUGGCAGCCCAGCCAACUUCAUCAACCUGUUCCCCCGAGUUUCAAGCGAAAAUCGCCCCUACGAUGCCCCUGACAAUGAUGCGCCUCAGCAAGUGACCCGUGAGGCAGGCGCCACGGUCGACGAAAUUGGCCCUCUCCUUAAAGACAAGUGGUAUUGCAAAUUCGGAAGGACAACGGAGGUAACGGGGGGGAUCUGCAACGGGGUCUCAACGUACUGUAAAUGGCCCCAGGAACGCCGGCAGCGCUUCAGCAAAGACGGGGCCAGGCAUGAGUCCAUAACCGACGGGAUUACCGAGGAAUGGGUAAUCACGAAAGAAAACGUCGGGCCGAGAGGGCGAAUCCAAGGGGUGUUUUCCCUGGACGGCGAUUCGGGGUCUGGCAUCAUUGACAGGGAGGGACGGAUCUGUGGUCUCCUUUACGGCGGAGCGGCGGGCUUGUGCGGCCAUAGCGACUUCCAGAUUUCAGGCAUGUGUUCUUCGAUGGUGGACGUUAAGCGCUGGAUAGAAGAGCGCGUGGGGCAUGGGGCGACACUUGAUUUCCCACAUCGGAAUGAUUCGUAA